AUGUUCAUCGCACUGGACAGAUCAUUUGCUACCUACCUCCCUAUCACAUUUUUCAAGUACCGAAAAUUCAUACCAACUUAUUUCAUUAUCACAUUUGUACUUUCUUAUCUCCUUGUAGAUUUCUCGGUAUUAUUUUUGAUGUGUGGAAUUGACUUACUCACUCCAACUACCUGUGUGAAUAUUCAAUGUGUCCUUGGCACUUGUUAUCAAACAUAUUGGCUCAAUUUCGAGAGAGUAGUGUAUAUUUUAAUUGUGAUUUUAACAUUUGUAUUAACUUUCAAACUUUUGAUAUGGAACAUAUAUAAGAAGCAAAACAUCAGCAAAGAUCUUAAGAAGGCAAACCAUCUGACCCUUAUCGAAUGUUGUAUUCUCAUAAUUUCUGAACUGAUACCUCCAACUACUCAAUCUCUAGUUCCAGAUGCUUUUACAUAUCUUGGUGCUAUAAUUUCAGCUUGUCAAACGUUGGGAUUUGUGGUGGGGGUUUAUUGA